CUGUAAUUGUGUGAUACAAGCUUUCGACGUGAUAGCACAAGAGCGACCUCAACUUGUUCGAUCUUGCGUCCGGCAUUGAAUACAAUUCCGAUUCCACCAACAACAUCUACGUCCUGUUGAACUGACAAUUGCAGGACAUCGCACCCGUCUUCGUUUAACAUUUCGGAAAUUCCAUAAUUCCACCCCUUCGACCGAUAUAGGCCUGUGUGACUAUUUAGGUAGUUGCAGGGCCUCCCCAGGUCCAUGCAUUCGCCGGGAAGCUCGCCACUCGACGGACCGUCCUCUUCUCGCCCGACCCCGUCUAAACGCAAGCCAGUUAGUUCUGCUGGCAAUCAUUCCCGACAAAAUUCCACCAAUCUUCCCUCCGGUCCCGAUCCUAAACGCACCAAAUUGAAUAACUCUUUCGAUCCGGGCACCUCCGCUUCGAGAAUGAGCAAGGUGGUGCUUGGCAAGCGACCAGAGAUCGUCGACUUGACGAAACCUCCUACCUUUCAACCUCAUAAAGGCGCGAAGAAGCUUGUAAUCAAGAACUUGCGAACCACCCCGCGGGGUACUGAUCUCGAGGAAUAUUACCGAGUUACAAAGCAAGGGCUUCUCGACGCCCUCCAAGCCAUAUUCGAACAGAAGCAACCACGUCAACCACUCGAAAGACUUUACCGAGGAGUAGAGGAUCUCUGUCGACAUGGAGCAUCUAAAGAGCUAUAUGACGUGUUAAAGGAGCGAUGUGAUGCUUAUCUAAACAAUGACCUCCACAAGUCUAUAAUGGCAGAGGCCGGCUCAUCCAAUCUUGACAUCUUGAGGAGUACUCAUAAACGAUGGCAAAUAUGGAUCGCACAAUCGACCACCAUUCGUUCGGUGUUCAGCUAUCUCGACCGGUCGUUUUUGCUGAGAAGCAAGGACUUCCCGCAGAUUAACGAUCUCGCCAUUUCACUCUUUAGGCGAGUAAUGUUCGUCAAGUCGCCCUCGGGGGUCAAUCCAGGAGCCAAGAGCCUCAUUGGCAUGUGCGAUCUGGUAGAGUACGACCGGAGGGGAGAUUCUCGAUUCGAUUCGACCUUGUUGCAUGAUUCCAUCGCGAUGUUAAACGUUUUAAACAUCUAUGGAAAGUCCUUCGAACCACAUUUCUUAAAAACGUCCGAGGUAUAUUUCCGAGAGUUCGCCGAAGUACAGAGCUGUGGCUCUCUAAAGACCUACAUUUACAGCUGUGAGAAGCUACUUGAGGGGGAAGAUUAUCGCUGUAACCGCUACAACUUUGAUUCCACCACCAAGAGACAACUGAUGGAAAGUGCACACGCCAUCUUGAUCCAGAAUUAUUCCGAAAAGCUCCUUGAUGGUGGCAGCAUAGGCAAACUUCUUGACGAGAAUGCUAUGGAAUCUAUGAAGGCCUUAUAUGACCUCUUACGACUAUCAGGUAUACAGAAGAAGUUACGGCAACCGUGGGAAGAGUAUAUCAAGGACGCGGGUUCGGUAAUUGUCAAUGACACAUCCAGGGGCGACGAAAUGGUCGUUCGGUUACUUGAGUUCAGGCGAUCGUUAGAUCUUAUGAUUCGAGACGCCUUUAACAGAGAUGAGGAAUUUACUUAUAGCAUGCGGCAAGCAUUCGGUAGCUUCAUCAACGACCGAAAGGUCCAAUCUGCAUGGAAGACCGGCACUUCCAAGGUUGGUGAGAUGAUUGCCAAGUAUAUCGACAUGUUGCUCCGCGGCGGCCUAAAGACCUUACCAAAGUCUCUACUUUCCGAUACUAAAGACCGUGUUGAUGCCGAGCAAAGUGGACUGGCAAGUACCGGUGACGAGGACGCCGAGCUAGAUCGACAACUAGACCAAGCUCUCGAGUUGUUCCGUUUCAUCGAAGGCAAGGAUGUCUUUGAAGCUUUUUACAAACAAGAUUUAGCCAGACGCCUCUUGAUGGGUCGUAGUGCUAGUGCGGACGCAGAGAGAAGCAUGCUCGCAAAACUGAAGAACGAAUGCGGCUCUAAUUUUACACAUAAUCUAGAGCAAAUGUUCAAAGACCAGCAGCUUGCCCGAGAUGAGAUGGCUUCGUAUAAAUCCUGGUGUGAGGGUAAUGGACAUAGCAAGAGUAAAUUGGACCUCAACGUCAACAUUCUGUCCGCAGCAGCAUGGCCAACGUACCCAGACACGCAGCUCACACUACCCGACGAUGUUGCGGCGCAGAUUGGACAUUUCGAAAAAUACUACGUCAACAAGCACACAGGAAGACGCCUUACAUGGAAGCAUUCUCUGGCUCACUGCCUCAUCAAGGGUCGUUUCAAUAAGGGCCCGAAGGAGCUGCUUGUCAGUUCAUACCAGGCCGUCGUGCUGACGUUAUUCAACCACAUUGAGAGCGACCCAAAGGGUUUUCUCACAUAUCAACAUAUUUCAGACAAUACUGGUCUUAGUGGACCAGAUCUUAGUCGUACUUUACAGUCGCUAGCAUGCGGAAAAACCCGUGUGCUCUCAAAACAUCCUAAAGGAAGGGAUGUAAACACGACAGAUACUUUCACUGUCAACAAGACGUUUACCGAUCCGAAAUAUCGUGUCAAGAUUAAUCAGGUUCAGCUGAAAGAGACGAAGGAGGAGAACCAAGAUACGCAUGAGCGGAUUGCUCAAGAUCGUCAAUUCGAAUGUCAAGCAGCGAUUGUGAGAAUCAUGAAGAGUCGCAAGACAAUGACUCAUGCCAAUCUCGUCGCUGAAGUUAUCAAUCAAACCAAGAGCCGAGGCGCCAUCGAGCCAGCCGAAAUCAAGAAGAAUAUCGAGAAGCUAAUCGAGAAGGAUUACCUUGAACGAGAAGGUGGCUCAUAUACAUACCUGGCAUAAAUACUAUUCUGGAUGUUGGUCGGUGUUAGCCUUAGACUCGAGGUUUGUACAGGAUAGGUGCAUAUCGUAGCUGGUUCAUUCGGAAUAGCUACGAAAUAGAAGCUGGCUCUACAGCCCGCUACUAUAAUCAACCGAACUGUUUUUCUCGUGUAAACAGGCAAUGAAUGAAUAAAUGAAAACCAAUCGUAACACCUCCCAUUUCGCACAAUUGAGCAUAUCCGCGUGAAGUCAGGCCAUUCGUCCUCCCCGCUUUCUCCGUGAUUCUAGACUACCGCCUCGUCCACAAAUUCAUUCUACCCCCUUUCCCCUUUCCGACUAGACGAAC